AUGGGGCGCGGUCAGCAUCGGAAUUCGGUAGGACCAACAAGCACCACAAACUUUGUGUCCAGCAUCAAAUCCUCUGCCAAACGCAUCGCCAGCAAUAUCUCACCUCCUCAACAGACUGACCAGACCUGGGAUCUGAUCGACAAAGAACACUCUCCAAGCUUCAGCACCAAACGAUCCUCCACCUCUUCCAGGUCCUCCUACCAGGGAGCCUUUCGCAAAGACGCAGCCGCCAUAUCACAGCUGUCGGACAGGAAACCCAUUCCCUCAUAUUUGAGCAGACACCAGCCUUCGAUUUCAUCGUCUAUCACGUCACAUAAAGCUUCAUCCAUCCAGCAAAGCGUGGACGAAAUCCUCUCGCCAGUCGCAACAUUUUCUACCUAUGCAGACCUCAAUCACUCCACACCUUCGCUUACAAUGGCUACUACUGCCUUUGGAAACGGCCUUCGGCCCGAGUAUGGCAAGCCUCCAAGCACCUCGCAAUCGAGCGUGAGCUUUGGCCAAGGCGGGAGCAAUGCCUCACUAUCAGCCCCAAGUCUUCCGCCAGCCUCCACUGGAGGAGUGCAAAAUCCAAGCAUCGUAUAUCAGCAAAUUCAUGACGUGUCGUCCAAGAGGAUUUCUACCCUUGACUACUUGAGAAAGGCUCAUGAGGGCCGGGUCUAUUGGUUUAAUACGCUGCUCGUUAGCAGGUCCGAUCUGGCUAAAAUACCCUUCUUCGAGCCAAAAAAGCUUGCCCGCAGGGCAACGAACUAUCUGUUGCUUGGUCUUUCCCUUCCCAACAUUUUAGACUUGAAUUCUUCGAACCCACAGGAGUGCCUCCGUGCUCUUAAUGCACUUCUAGUCGAGUUCGAAUCAUACCAACAGAUACAUCCACCAGAAGGGGGUUCUGCUUCCUCUCUUUCUAGGGCACGUCUACCGCAAAUGUUUAAGCGUGCCGCACAUGUCAGUACGAAGGCUCGAAGAACAAGCUCAGCGACAGAUAUUGGGCUCCCAAUGAAUACGAGCGACCCAGCCGAUCUGAAGGCGAUGACGACUGGAGCAACGGCUGGGUCCACUGCGUCAUCAUUUCCAGCCAGUGAGCAGGAUCUAUUACCGGGCGAGGAAUACACACACUUGCUCACUCCGUCAUUGCCCUUUGAUCCGGACUUUUUUGAGACCUUUGCAACCUUGUGUGACGUAUUGAUCGAUUGCUACACACGAAUCAUGGGUCUCAUUCCUUCGCCAGCGCUGUGUGUUCCAGGAACUGGAGAGAUUUUUGCGAAAGCGGAUGCGAGACUACGCAAAAUCAUCGUGGCAGGCAUUAUCAAAGAAUUUGAGGAGGAAAGCAGAAAAGGAGUCAAGGCUGAAUUUGCUGGCUUGGGCAAGGUUGUGCUGGGGGGCCUGAUGUGA